AUCUCGCCGUACACGGAGAUGAUAGUAACACAGAAGACGUUGACGCCCAAAGGUUGAUACCAACUGUGCCGCAACCCCGUGGGGCGGAUAACUCGGGAGUCGGACCGGGGUGGGCACCGGUUUAUUACUAUUUUUUUUUCCCCCGACUAACUCUUACCUAAUGCAGAGAGUAUGGAGGUACGCCCUUCGAAAGAUAUGAUACGUCUGGGUAUGAACCUCCAUCGGUGUUCUGAAAUUAUACAAUAAUAUACUUAGAUAUAAAAACAACUUAUUCUCAAUGUUAACAUCAAGAUUUAUUUUCUAUUGUCUUAUAAUUCACAGCCUACCGUAUUUCUAACUACCAUGGCUAUACGCGGCAAGGAUCCAGAUAAUAACCAGGAUAGUAAUGACUCAGUCAACACAAACCUUGAAGCCCAAGAUCCUCAACCGCAAGAAGAAUUCAAGGAGGGUGGUUAUGGUUGGGCCGUUAUUUUCGGUGUAUUCUUACUCAACGCUCAUACUUGGGGUCUCAACUCUAGUUUUGCUGUCUUCCUCGCUUAUUACCUUAGAUCCGACUCGUUUGGUGCAAGCCAACUUGGGUAUGCCUUCGUAGGCGGUCUAUCUAUCUCGAUCGCUCUCCUGGCUUCUCCGCUAGCAACCACUUUGGUUGGUUGGAAACGGUGCGGGACACGACUAACUAUAUUUCUCGGGGCUAUCUUUGAGACGAUUGGCUUCAUCGGCUCAUCGUUUGCCUCGGAGUUAUGGCACCUGAUUCUGAGCCAAGGCGUAUCCUUUGGCCUUGGUAUGGGCCUCUGCUUCGUCGCCUCUGCUGCCGUCCCCCCUCAAUGGUUCGUAAAACGACGAUCCUUCGCUAACUCGAUCGCCGCUUCGGGGUCGGGCUUCGGAGGGUUAUGCUACUCAUUGGCGACUAAUGCUAUGAUCACCAAUAUCGGCUUACCUUGGGCUUUCCGCAUCAUAGCCAUCGUCUGCUUCGUGGUGAAUACUGUUGCAAGCUAUCUCAUCCGCGACCGCAAUCAUGCUGUCGGCUCAGUCCAUAUGGCCUUUAACUGGAAGCUCUUUAAGAGGCCAUCAUUUCUUUUAUUCCAAGCCUGGAUGGUUCUCUCUAUUCUUGGAUACAUCAUUCUCAUUUUCAGUAUCGUUGACUACUGCCAGACUGUUGGCUUGACGGCUUCUCAGGCUUCUUUAGUUGGCGCGCUGUUUAGCCUGUCCCAAGGACUUGGACGGCCUGCAAUAGGGUUAUCAAGCGACUCAGUUGGGCGUCUAAAUAUCGCCAAUCUGUCUACGCUAUUAUGCGGUCUUCUUUGCAUGUUCUUUUGGAUAUUCGCAGCUAAAAGCCUAGCUACUUGCAUAGUGUUUGCUCUCCUUGCCGGCGGUGUUGCCGGCGUAAUGUGGGCCACGGUUGCCCCUAUAUGUGCCGAAGUUGUCGGACUUGCUCUCAUACCUUCAGCGUUAUCAAUGACUUGGCUCGUGCUAGUCCUACCGGCGACGUUCGCUGAAGUCAUCGGUGUGAGCCUCAGACGGUCUGGGCCUGGGGGUUAUCUCCACGUCCAACUCUUCACCGCGUUUUGUUAUAUUGGCGCCUUUAUAUUCGGCUGGGCCCUUAGAGCUUGGAAAGUCUGGGAGUUGAAACAGGUACGACUCGACAAGGAGCAACGGGAACUUGCCAUUCGUGACGAAGGCAUACUGUCCUCUGCAAUAGAGCACCAGUCGCAAAACAGCGAUCGAGCCACUCCUCCUCGACGGCGAUCAUCUAUCCUCAAGGGACUCUGGGCUAUAGAACGAGUAUAGCAUGGGGGCCAAGAGUUAUGGCCAUCUACAGCGGAGUGUAUGUUGACUACGGGGCACUCAUAAAAAUAAGAUAAGAUAUAUAAAAGACUUACUAGAGAACUCAUAUGUCAGCGUUGAAACACAUAUAAACGGACUUAAUGAUAUACUCAAUACCUAUGACGGGCAGUUUAAAAGCAUGCUAUAUAAGUAACCACUUCUCUACCUAAAGUCCCUUAUUCGCCAACUCAAUAGCCUUCGCCGCCGCCUCG